CCCGAUUUUUGCGUCGCGCUCUCUUCUUUUGCGGUGCACUUGGCGGCGUGCCGUUCGUCGGGCCGAGCGUUUCCUUCCUCCCGUGAGCGCUGCGAGCGACGGGCUGCGCGGGAAGGCGACGCCGCCGCGUUCUCUACUUCAACUUGCUAGCGGGCUGUAGCGCUUCCUCGUUUCACUUCCUCUUUGCCUCAGUUUUCUUUCUCUCUCUCUACCUUCUUUUUCUUUUCUUUAUUAAGCCUUCUCUUUAUGUGCCGCUUGGAGAAAGGGCCAUUCAACUUUUCGCUGUACUUUCAUUUUCUUAGCUGGGAACCGGCACCUUGUUUUUCUAACUUUGAAUUGUGAGUGCCGCUGAGCGCGAGCCAACCAGACCGGCGGCACUGGGUUAGCGGGUGUCGCUGCUUGCACGAACAAAGUGCAGCUUUUCCCUCACUCCCUCGCUAGCCCAGCUGCUUAUUUUGGUUCGCGCCACAGUUCACCACGAGCCCCUUUCAUGAUGCAUUCUUUGCAGAAUGUUUCGCUUCUCGGCAAGGCGUUUAUUUGCAGUAUUCUCACUUGAGUACCUACUCCCCCGUGUCCCCGAGUGUACCACGCUCUUGAGCCUCGGCGAUCAAGUUUGUGCUGAUAUACUUCUCACGUGAAAGUGCUGCUCCGGUUGUUGUGUACGACGGUGCACCGGCGCAAGUCGCGAUUUGCAUUCGGCGGAGGCGCCGGUGCUGCGCGUAGCAGACGACACGAGCGCCGAAGCAGACGGCAGUGAACGAAGCUCGGCGACGUCGUUUUGUGCAAGCACGCCUUGGCUGAUGCGUCAUCGUCACAUGUUGGCUACACCGCUGCCGCGCUGCCCUUUGCAAACCGGCAGGUUUGAGCGCUACCUUCGCACCUACCGCCUGCGCCAGCACUGAGCUCGGAACGCUGAAAACGCAAAGUGUUGUGUCACGUUUGUCACGGUGUUGUGCAAAGUGCGCAAGUUCGAGGAGCGUCGCACUGUUGGUCGUGUGUGACAACGUAGACUUGCACGUGGCGUCAGCGACAGCACAAUUUCUUCGCAUCGUAACGCCCACCGCUGAAACCGAACAAACGCUUCACUGCGACGGACGUAUCCUGUUCCCCAUACCGCCCGGUCUUCGACAGAUGCACCCGCUUCUGGCACGUUCCUGUCGCCAUCCACUGAGUGAAUGAUGCCAGUAACGCUGAGGAACCUGUCGGUCGAGGCCGCGGCGAACACCCAGCCAACGUACGCGAAGGUGCCGAGCCAGAAGCUAGACCUGGGUUAGGCCUCGCGCCGUCGGCCCUACGGAGGCCGCCCGCGGGCCCGAGCCCAGCGAGCAGCAGCGAGGGCGCCGGGAACCGCAGCCAGGGAACGCGGCGACCGCGACAGCGGUGCCCGGCACCACGCCUCAGAGCAGCAGCAGCGCGGCUCCGCCGCCGGUUGGCGCAGCGCAGUCGCCUCCUUCCAGCAUGUCCCUCGUCAUGGUGACGCCCGCCGUGGACGACGACUUCCUGCCGGGCUCCAACAACAACGCCGCUGCCACGAACAACAACAACAACCACCACGCGGCGCCAACGCAGCCGCCUCCGCCCCAGCCACCGCCCGAGCCGCCCGACUGGUCGUACCCGCAGCUGCAGCACCAGGCGUCCGGUUCGUCCGGCAAACCCGUGCUGGUCCUGGGCCGGAUGCACUCGGAACCGGAGCGAUCGCUGCCCCUGGUCGAGUUCAAGACGCUCGAGCCUCCCGCGCCGCCAAACUACCGAUCGUGCCCGGAGAUCGGCCCGCAGAUCCAGGUGGUGCAGUUCACCGGCCCCGGCGUCAGCGAGGAGGACGAGUGCUGCCCAGGCUACGACGUCGACGGUGGCGAGGACGGCGGCGCCGGGUUUCGCCGCUCGUCCGCGUGGGGCGCCCCGGCGCCCGGAGGGGGCGGGGCGCUCCCUGCGGGCCGCGCGGCGUGCGAACCGGCGCCUUCGCAGCAGCGCCCCCACUUAUGGACCCCGCACACGCGGCUGGGUCUGAGCGCGCGGUUGGAGCACUCGUUCCUCACGCGCACGGUGUCCCGCGAGAGCGUGCGCUGCAGCGCGACAGACGCGGGCCUGCUGCCGGCGUCGUCGUCGCAGCAGCAGCCGUCGUCGCACCAGGCGGCGGGCGCGCCGCUCACCACGUCGCUGCGCCAGCUGCACCGGGACAACGAGAUCGCCGAGAUCGCGGCCGACUCGAUGCGCAUCAAUGGGGCGCUGCGCCACUUCAAACACCUGCGCAAGCCCACCUCGACGCUCUCCAUUCCGGCGGCCAUGAAGGAAUAUCCCAACGCAAACCAGAGUGCUGGGCAGCUUUUCACUGACUGCAACCAAGUGAGCAAUCUUUCAUCUGAAUUUAGGGAGCAUGCGCAGCAGCAUUCGACCGAGAGCGACGGCGCGGGUAUAGCCCUCGUGGGCGUGCACACGGACGCCGGGGUCGGCGGCGGGGGCGACGGCGACUUGCGGCGCUUCCUCAAGGGCGCCUCGGGCUCGCUGUCCGGCAGCGGUGCGCCGGGGGGAGCCUCGGGAGGCGGGGGUUUCGGCCCUGGGGGCCGCUUCCACAAGCCUUCGGUGGGCUACCGGCUGGGCCGGCGCAAGGCGCUCUUCGAGAAGCGCAAGCGCAUCAGCGACUACGCCCUGGUCAUGGCCCUCUUCGGAAUCAUAAUGAUGGUCGUCGAGAACGAGCUGUCCGCUGCGCACGUCUACGAAAAGAGUUCGGUGUACUCGAUGUCGGUAAAAACGCUCAUCACUGUGUCCACCAUCAUGCUGCUCGGUCUCAUAGUAGCCUACCAUGCCUUAGAAGUUCAGCUGUUCAUGAUCGACAACUGCGCGGACGACUGGCGCAUCGCCAUGACCCCGCGCCGGGUGGCGCAGAUCCUGGCCGAGCUGUGCGUGUGCGCCGUGCACCCGGUGCCGGGCGACCAGCGCUUCACGUGGACCACCAAGCUGGCCAACCACGGGAACCGCGUGCGCUCGCGCGACGUGCCCGUGGACGUGACGCUGUCGCUGCCCAUGUUCCUGCGGCUGUACCUCAUCUGCCGCGUCAUGCUGCUCCACUCGAAGCUCUUCACGGACGCCUCGUCGCGAUCCAUCGGUGCGCUCAACCGCAUCAACUUCAACACGCGCUUCGUGCUCAAGACCCUGAUGACCAUCUGCCCCGGCACGGUGCUCCUCGUCUUCAUGGUCUCCCUCUGGAUCAUCGCCUCCUGGACGCUCAGGCUAUGCGAAAGGUACCACGACGAGGAGCAUGCUAACUUGCUGAACACCAUGUGGUUGACGGCAAUCACGUUUCUCUCCGUGGGCUACGGAGACAUCGUGCCCAACACGUACUGUGGCAGGGGCAUCGCGGUCACCACGGGACUAAUGGGGGCCGGUUGUACAGCCCUGGUUGUUGCUGUGAUAGCGCGAAAGCUGGAGCUCACUCGAGCCGAGAAGCACGUCCACAAUUUUAUGAUGGACACUCAAUUGACGAAAAGGUUGAAAAACGCUGCGGCCAACGUCCUACGAGAGACGUGGCUCAUCUACAAAAACACUAGGCUUGUGAAACGUGUGAACCCUUCCAAAGUGAGAGCGCACCAGCGCAAAUUCCUCCUCGCAAUUUACAGUCUCAGAAAGGUUAAAAUGGACCAAAGGAAGCUUAUGGACAACGCAAACACAAUUACAGAUAUGGCGAAGACCCAGAAUUCGGUGUACGAGAUUGUGUCGGACAUGAACGCGCGCCAGGAGUUGUUCGACGAGCGGCUGGCGACGCUCGAAGAGCGGCUCGCCGCCAUCCACGAGCAGCUCGAGGCGCUGCCGGAGGCCGUGGCGCGCUCGUGCGGCGCGUACUACGCUGCCGCGCCGCAGCCACAGCCGCCGGCGUCGAGCCAGUCCUACCCGCCGGGCUCGAUGCCGCUGCCGGAGUGCGGCGCCGCAGUGCUGGGGCCGCUGCAACAGCCGCUGCAGCCGCCGCUACCAGCGCCGCUGCAGCAGCCGCUGCUGAACCAGCCCCGCCACACGCAUCUGCACCCGGACGACGCGGCGUCACUGAGCAGCCGGCCGAGCUGGUCCACCGUCAACCUGUCCGGUGGAGCGGGGGGAGGAGGAGGAGGAGGGGGAGGAGGCGGCGGCAGGCUGGGAGUCCUGCAGCCGCCCAUGGUGGCGCGCUCGGGCUCCACCGAGAACUGACACGACGACGACGAGCGUCGGCAGUGGAGCCCGCCGUCUGCCUGGCGGCGACAGGAGCCCACGGAGGACGACGAGGACGAGGAGGAGGCGCCUCUGUUGUCGUCGCCGUCGCCGCCGCCGCCGCCGCCUACGUCGCAUCCGCAGCAGCAGCAGCCGCCGCCACCGUCGCUUCAGCCGACAGCCGUCGGCCCCGCCGGAGACCCGUCGUCAGCCGCGCUACGCUUUUCCGCGCGCCGUUGCCACGACUGGGGCGGCGCUCGGCGCUGGCCGGUCUGAGGCGGGCCUGCGGCUCGGCUUAUUCUGCCCCAUGCGUGAUUCCGAGCGAUUACUUUUGCUUUUGAGUCUUUCUCCUUUUGCGCGAAUCACUGCUUUAGUAGCUCUCGCUUCACCUGCUAAUGCUGGGCUGUGCGGGACAGCUGCUCUGAGGGCUGUGCGCCCGCAGCGGGCGUUGAUUUGGUUACGUAAUGUGCAUGUCAACUGGCUGGGCCCGGAGCUUAACGUCAAGAUGGUUUGUCUCACCGAGUGUGUUUCCAGUUAUGUCCGGCAUCAGUUGUACUGAACAAAACCGCGCCGCUUAAAUUUAGUUUCCGGAAAUACGGAGAAAGUGAAACUCUGCAGUCAAGUGCUCUGUAAUAGCGAAUGGGAAUUUUAGCAAGGGGGAGGCUGAUAGAAGCGAAGCACGAUAUGAGCGACCGGAUUAAAAUGGUCUCUAUUUAUGGCCUGCUGCAACUAGUGUACCACUGUUAGAGCCCGCGACAACAUCCCUUAAUAGGUGCAUUUUCGACACGAUGUCCCAAGUUAGCAUAUCUGUGCCCAAAGUUUACCAUUACGAUGUCUUCCAGAAUUUGUUGGUCGCUAAAGAAAAAUACUUCAAGAGCUUCCGCACACUUUGAGACGACUAGAGAAGCGCUUCCCGUCACUGCGUCGAGAGCGGAGCUAAUGGAACAUUACUGAGUGCGUAUAAUGGGAAAAUGCGCCUUUCUUUUGAUGAAGCUUGUCAAACGAAUUGAAGAACGCGAGCUGGGACAACUUCCACGUCGGUCGUUGUCAACGAGACGUACUGGAAAACGGGAUCGUUAUAUCGCAUUUCUCAGCUUCAUUUGUUCUGCCCCAUAGUAGUUCUUCUGAAAGCCUAAAUCUGCACGUUUCGAUGAGACGAGGGCCUUCCAGGCGUAAAGACGAAGUAUCUAUACCAUCAGUUUUCUCUCACACAAUUAAACACGGAGACAUUAGAGAGGCAGCUUACAUAGACAGGCAAGGUCACAGAACGCGUAGUGAGGUAGUGCAUAAAGUAGGCCACGUUUCCAGAUGUUAAAUGCGCAUGUUUUACUUAGGGCGAAAAAGAUUGGAGGAAAUGUGCAUCUACCGCAACACAUGUUGACCUUUCGAGAAGGAAGCCGAACUCCCGAAUUCGCAAACGUGCCUCGACUCGACUGUCUUCGUCGACUCUAUCGAGUGGGAGGAUCGAGCCGCUCUUCGACUGAAGCGACCUCGGUGCCUCACUAGAUGUCUUGGACAACUUGAGAGCUAUAGUUUCGUAAUCGGAACUUUCACAUUCUGCUGAACGGAACUCGAACGGAGGGUCGCUUAUCAAGCGACCCUUCGUCGCGGGAAUCGUAGAGCAGCGUUCUCGAAGCGCACCGACUGUUUCAGUCAAGAAGACUCGAGUCGAUUCGAUCCGCGUUUGCGAAUGCGGGGCUCAGAGUUAAGAAGCCCGCGCAGCCCCGUGAUGCCAUGCGCCGUUCUUUGUAGAUACUUAUAGUCUCCACGCUUGCCCGCGCUGGCUCCAAUCUUCGACGGUGUGUGUGCGUGUGUGCGGCAAGUGGCCCUCCUGCCUUGACGACUGCCUGCUGCCGCGCUGCGCGUGGAUAAACUCUGUGUGUCGUGCUGCUGUACCGCCGUCACCGGGGACAAAACCUUCGACGUGGCCCGACAGUCCGUGCGAGACGUGUUGCGGUGCUGAGAGAGAGAGAGAGAGACUCCGCUCGACCCACCGCGACAUCGAACUAUAUCUCGCAUGCACAAGAGUCUUCGAGUGUUUCGUUCGUGACAUAACCCGGGGCUAGACUAUACAUGUAUAGCUCUUCCUUCGCCGUCUGUGUAGGGGAGGUGAAACACAAGCGCGGAAUCAAAGAAGAAGAAAAUCGUGAAUGUGCGACCGACUGUAUAUCCGCGUUGUUCUCGGUGCGUGCGUUUGUUGCCUGUUACAAGAGUGUCUGGCGCUUUCUUUAGUUUGGCACAUGUUGAUCGGCGUGCAAGUGAAAAGGAAAACAGGUCGUCGCAGAGUGAUUGUGGCCGCACUGACGAAGAAAGCAUGGACACAGCGUUUCCGUUGUUAGCGUACAUUGUUAAGCAGACAUAUGCUUAAACGAGGGGUGUGUAUACGUUCCGUUUUACAACGUUCGUUGUUGUAUCCUUGCUCCUGUGUUCCCCCUUUCGUUUCUGAUGUUUUUUUUCUGUUUUUACUACUUACCUUAACGUAACUUUUCUAAGUAGAUCGUUAUAAUAGUUACGCGGCAAAAGCUAACUCGAGCGGCAUCGUCUGUUGAGGUGUGUAGAAGCGGUAAUGUUGCUCGCUUGUUUGUUACCCCGUUGCUUUUUUUUUUUUUCUGAGUUCCGUUCCUCUCCCCUGCAACCAUAUUCCCGGAAAUGGCUACGGAAAUUCGAUGUUCUUUAAGCAUAACGAUCUAAAAAACGGUCAUUCGAAUUCCAUGCGCCAGAAAUCGACGGAAAUAAAUAGGCCUAUUAACAAUUAUUUA